ACCGUGACGUGGAGCGUCUGGGAGACAGGUAAUUGCUAUACGCAGUCGUAUUGGACUGGACUCGGCACAGAAGGAAGAUCCAAUUCCAACGGAGGAAGUGUGGACGCAAAUUAAAAUUUAGGGUUCCGAUUACAUUUCAGAUUCGCAUUCGUUUGUUUGUGUGGCGUCGUUGUGCGGUAGCGAAGAAGAUGGGGAAACAGAUUGUGCCGGUGAAAUCAGUUGUCUACGCUCUCUCCCCUUUCCAGCAGAAGAUAAUGACCGGUCUCUGGAAGGAUUUGCCUACCAAGAUUCACCACAAGGUCUCCGAGAAUUGGAUCAGCGCCACUCUCUUGCUCGCUCCUCUCGUUGGCACCUACACCUAUGUUCAGAACUACCUGGAAAAGGAGAAGCUGGCCCACAGGUACUAAGCUCAUUCUAGAGUUGAUUGGAUAGCCUUCAAGUUUGUUGCCUUGCUCAUGUUUAGCCAGCCAAUAAUGUGACACUGUUGAAACUUGCUCUUACCCUUUGGUUUUGAGAUAUUUUAAGGUUUUUCAACUUUGAUAGUCUUCUUCAUUUUCCCAAUCGUUAUUACUUUAUAUUAUAAAAGACAGCUUAUGAGUUGUCAAUAAUGCCAAAAUGAGUUUGUCAUAAUGAGUUACAAAAUGAGUUGUCACGUAACUCAAGGUUGGUUGAUUACUUGUUUAAAUUCAAACAAUCAUUCUUACAUA